GAGAACCAGACUGAAAUAAUAGAUAGGGAUGGGGUAAGGGGGGGGGCAGGGGUAUCAACGGAGGUCUGUGAGUUGGAUGUUCAUGCCGGCAGGAAGGGGUAUUGCUCCAUCGACCUGCGUGUGGCCUCAUCUUGACGGUAGAGGAGGCCAUGGACAGACAUGUCGGAGUGGGAGUGGUCUGUGGGAUUGAAGUGCGUGGCCGCAGGGCCAUAUUUUUUUCACUGUUAUGCUGUCCGUGUUUCAGCUUGUGCUGUUCUGUGAGAUCUGCUUGCUCUCAGCUUGGCUGGGUGACAGUAAGAGACGAGGAGGGACGUGUGCCUUCCGAUUAGGGCGGUCCGAUGAAGGGGAGGCUUCUCUGAACAGUACAGCACAGUACAGGCCCUUCGGCCCGCAAUGUUGUGCUGACCCUCAAACCCUGCCUCCCGUAUAACCCCCCACCUUAAAUUCCUCCAUAUACCUGUCUAGUAGUCUCUUAAACUUCUCUAGUGUAUCUGCCUCCACCACUGACUCAGGCAGCACAUUCCACGCACCGACCACUCUCUGAGUGAAAAACCUUCCUCUAAUAUCCACCUUGAACUUCCCUCCCCUCACCUUAAAGCCGUGUCCUCUUGUACUGAGCAGUGGUGCCCUGGGGAAGAGGCGCUGGCUGUCCACUCUAUCUAUUCCCCUUAAUAUCUUGUACACCUCUAUCAUUUCUCCUCUCAUCCUCCUUCUCUCCAGAGAGUAAAGCCCUAGCUCCCUUAAUCUCUGAUCAUAAUCCAUACUCUCUAAACCAGGCAGCUUCCUGGUAAAUCUCCUCUGUACCCUUUCCAAUGCUUCCACAUCCUUCCUAUAGUGAGGCGACCAGAACUGGACACAGUACUCCAAGUGUGGCCCAACCAGGGUUUUAUAGAGCUACAUCAUUACCCCGCGACUCUUAAACUCUAUCUCUCGAUUUAUGAGAGAUUACACCCCAUAAGCUUUCUGAACUACCCUAUCUACCUGUGAGGCAACUUCCAGGGAUCUGUGGACAUAUAGAUCUGCACCACAUAUAGAACAUAGAAUAGUUCAGCCUCCCACAUAACCCCACCCCCACCUUAAACCCCUCCAUGUACCUGUCUAGCCGUCCCUUUUAGUAUUUCGUGGCACUAAUUUGUAACAGGGAUAGAAAAUGACACAGCACCCACACGGAUCGGGGUUGGGGGGGGGCUGAUGCGCCUUCCCUCGACCUACGCAGUGGAGGGAACCGGAGCCUCUGGCACGUUAAGGGGUAGAAAGGACGGCAGGGGACAAAAUUGGCCCUCUUGGGAGACCGGAGUGGCAAUCCACGGGGUGCGGGGGGGGGGGAGGGAGAUGGGAAACGGGAUUUUUUUUCCCUUUUGCACCCGUAUUGACUCAGGAGUUGGACGCAGAGUGUAUAAUAGAAGCCAGGCGAAGCAGCGGCUGGGUCCGUCGUCUGGGUGAUAGAUCCGGCUAACCGGAUCAGCAGACUUCCGAACGACUAGACUUGGGGGGGGGGGAUCUGGGCCCGCUGGAAAAAUUGGGGGAUGGUUGGGGGGGGGGAGAAAGACAACAAAUUAUGCUAAAUAAAUAAAUAUUGAGGACAAGAGUUGUGGAGUCCUUGAAAGUGAGUCAUCGAUCAGGCUCUUGGACCAGAGGGGAUAACUUCACUCACCCCAUCACUGAAAUGACUUGUUCAACACACGCACACACACUCACACACACACACACACACACACACACACUCACACAGACACAGACACACAGACACACACACACACACACACUCACACACACACACACACACACACUCACACACACACACACAGACACACACACACAGACACAGACACACACACACACAGACACACUCACACAGAGACACACACACACACACACACACUCACACACACACACUCACACACACACAGACACACACACUCACACACACACACACUCACACACACACACACACACACACUCACACACACACAGACACAGACACACACACACAGACACACUCACACAGAGACACACAGACACACACACACACAUGCACACACACACACAUACUCACACAGACACACUCACACACAAACACACACACACACGCACACACUCACACACAGACACAGACACACUCACACACACACUCACACAGACACACACACAUGCACACACACAUACUCACACAGACACACUCACACAGACACACACUUACACAGACACACACACUCACACACACAGACACUCACACAGACACACACACACACACAGAGACACUCAGACACACUCACACAGACACACACACACUCACAGACACACACACACAGACAUACACACACAGACACACUCACACAGACACACACACACACUCACAGUCACACAGACACAGACACACACACACACACUUACACACACACACGCACAUACUCACACAGAGACACACAGACACACACUCACACAGACACACACACAGACACACUCACACAGAGACACACAGACACACGCACACAGACACACUCACACAGACACACUCACACAGACACACACACUCACACAGACACACACACUCACACACAGACACUCACUCACACACACACAGACACAGACACACACACACAGACACACUCUCACACACACAGACACACACACUCACACACAGACACACUCACACACACAGACACACAGACUUUUAAAAACACUGUAUUACUUUCCCGCCCACCUUCAAAAAAAACUACAGAAGUUUAUUUACGCGAAAAAUGCACGGAGUCGGGUGGGGGGACAUUCCAAUGAAAAUGCGAUCAUCGCUAUUUAUAAACCGCUCGAUUCCCUGGGGGGGGGGGAAUGAAGUGGGGCAUCGUUCCUGGGAAACCACCCCCCCCCCCCACACACAC